GUAUCGUCUUUGCAGUGUGUCGGCCUCUACCUAUAUAUUCCACUCACUACCCAGAAACUAGGGUUUAGCGCCACACCCCAAUCGUAGCCGUCGCACUCUGUGUUUUCAGCGCCGUCUCCGAUCUCCGACAAUGGCGACCCAAAUGAGCAAGAAGAGAAAGUUCGUAGCUGAUGGAGUGUUCUUCGCUGAACUGAACGAGGUUCUGACAAGAGAGUUGGCCGAGGACGGUUACUCCGGCGUGGAAGUUAGGGUUACGCCGAUGCGCACCGAAAUCAUAAUUAGAGCCACCAGAACCCAAGCUGUUCUCGGUGAGAAGGGAAGGAGAAUAAGGGAACUUACCUCUGUGGUUCAGAAGAGGUUCAAGUUUCCCGAGAACAGUGUCGAACUUUAUGCUGAAAAGGUCAACAAUAGGGGUCUUUGCGCUAUUGCUCAGGCUGAGUCUCUUCGAUACAAGCUCCUUGGUGGACUCGCUGUGCGCAGGGCCUGCUAUGGUGUUUUGAGGUUUGUUAUGGAGAGUGGUGCUAAGGGAUGCGAGGUCAUUGUGAGUGGAAAAUUGAGAGCCCAGAGAGCCAAAUCUAUGAAGUUUAAGGAUGGGUACAUGAUUUCUUCUGGGCAACCUGUCAAAGAUUACAUUGACUCUGCAGUGAGACAUGUGCUCCUGAGACAGGGUGUUCUUGGCAUUAAGGUGAAGAUCAUGCUUGAUUGGGAUCCUAAGGGGAAACAGGGUCCUAAAACUCCCCUCCCUGAUCUUGUCACAAUCCAUUCUCCAAAGGAGGAAGAAGAAUACAUCCAGCCUGCUCCAGUUUUGGCUGCUAAUGAUAUUGAGGUCCCUGUUGCUUGAAAAGUUAUACGCUGGAGGAGUAAUUCAUAUUAGCUUAGUGCCUAGUUUUUCUUGUAUGCAAUGUUUGUUGUUGAAGACAUGUUCAAAAUUUUGAAGAAAUUGUUAUACUCAGUUACAAGUAUUUUAAGUCAUUUGUUUUAUCUUUCUCAUACCCUUCGUCUUAUGUAGUUUGAAGUCUUUUGUUUGUGAUUCACGUCAUUGAUACAGUUCUUGUUAUUUUUGUUGUUCUAAUGCUAUGUUUCUUGCCUUUAUGAAUAGAUAAUUUUUUGUUAUUAA